CCACCAUGACGUUGGUCGAUAGCAAUAUCUCGUCAGAGAGCCUCCUGGCCUUUCUCGCUGAAGCGUCGUUCACACCGCCGCCGUCCCCACCGGUCCAGAUCCAGCGCGCGUCCAAGCGGCUGCGGCACAAUCCGAAAGACGAGGUCGCGUACCUGGAGACGUCGCUCAUGCACCUCGAACGCCAGCUGCACAGCCUUCGCGAACACGAACUGCAAACGUCAUCGCUCUCGGGUCCGUGGAAGCUGCGCGCGAUGAACGAGGCCCACCUCGCGCAGCGUGCACUCCUUGAGAACGAACGGCUCAAGGCCGCUGUCGACGACCAGCGCCACAAACUCCGCGCGAUCGAGCGCCUUAGCCUCAAGCGCCCCAAGCUCGCGCCCGCGAUCACCGACGAGCUGCUCUGGAAACAGGGCAUUUUAAGCUCCGGCGACCGCGAAGCGCAGCUCGAAAAGUUGCUGUUGCACCAGCGCGAGGUGCUCGAGUCCGAGUGGAUCCGGCAUGGCUUGCUCGAUGUCAUUGAGCGCUUUGAGCCGCUCCAGCGCAUCACGACGACCCAGAGCCCGCUGGAUCAUGGCCCCGGCGACGUCCAUGUCGUCAACUGCGCGGUGAUUCCGCUUCACUUUCGUGCCAUGUCCAAUGUUGUUUGGGAUCUCAAGCGCAAGCGCAAGGACUUUGGCAAUCCGUCGACACGCGAUUUUCAUGCCAAUUUGAUGUAUGGCCGGGAUCUCACGAGCGACGAUCUUCCAAGCAUGCCACCCGACCUGGACUCGCGCUAUGGGAAUCGGCGGUACAUCGAGGCCAAUCGCAUCGUCAUCGUGUGGCGUGCGAUCCUCGAAGACCAAGCGCACCCGCAUGCUGACGGCGCAUGGAUUGAGAAUUCGCGUGGCUGGGUCACGAUCCACGACAUGGGCGACAACGAGUGCUACUUGUCAGCGGUAGUGACGAUUUCAACGCCGAUGCACGCCACCGCCAACGACAAUCGCGCGGCCGAGACGAUGCGGGAUCGCCUCUUGCAGUACGCCGAAAGCAUGUGCAAAAUCAUGGGCAACGCAGUCGAAGACGCCGUCCGCGCCCACUUGGCCAAGGUUUAAGCUGCGAGUGGUGACGACGUUUUGUACACUAUUAUAAAUAUGACUAUAUAAGAACUUGGU